UUGACAGCUGUCAGAAAGCGACGGUGGCGACCUCCUCUUCAUUUCCGCUGCGGGCAGACACGUACUUGCGAAACGCAUGAGUUUUGCACUUUCCAUCUGAAAAUCGAGUUUGUUUCUGUGUACAUCCUGCUGGAACGCUGCUAAAAAUGGCCGGCACCUUAUACACUUAUCCAGGAAAUUUUCGUGCCUACAAGGCACUGAUCGCUGCUCAAUUUUCCGGUGCGAAAGUCAAUGUGGCCUCGGACUUCGUCUUCGGAGAAACCAAUAAAAGUGAUGCGUUUCUGAAGAAGUUUCCCCUUGGAAAGGUCCCGGCUUUCGAGACUGCCGAUGGUAAAUAUUUGACGGAAAGCAAUGCCAUUGCGUACUACGUCUCGAAUGAGCAGCUACGUGGGAAGACGGAUUUCGAGAAAGCUGAAGUACUGUCAUUUUUGUCCUUUGCCGAUGCCGAACUGCUGCCGGCCGUUCACGCCUGGGUGUUCCCAAUCUUGGGAAUUUACCAGUACCAAAAGAAUAAUGUUGAACGGGCCAAGCAGGAUGUCAAAGUCGCUCUGGAGGCGUUGAAUGCACGACUGCUCCGGCAGACUUUCCUCGUGGGCGAACGUCUGACUUUGGCCGAUGUUGUUGUAUUUUGCACACUGCUGAGUGCUUACGAGAACGCCUUCGAUCCAUCCUUCCGAGCUCCCUUCGGAAGUGUGACCCGUUGGUUCACCACGGUGCUAAACCAACCCCAAGUGAAGGCCGUUGUGCAAAAUUUCUCUCUGUGUGCCAAGGUGGCGGAAAUCGAUCCGAAGAAGUUUGCCGAAUUCCAAGCCAAGACUGGAGGUGCUCAACAACAACAGCAGAAGAAGGAAAAAGAAAAGAAGCCCCAGCCAGCGCCAGCUAAAAAGGAACCGAAGGCGCCGGAACCUGCCGAGGAAUUGGAUGCCUGUGAGCAGGCAUUGCUCGAAGAGCCUAAGUCUAAGGAUCCGUUCGACGCGCUACCCAAAGGCACGUUUAACUUUGAUGAUUUCAAGAGAUUCUACUCCAACGAGGAUGAGUCGAAGUCGGUUCCCUACUUCUGGGAAAAGUUUGAUUCGGAAAAUUACUCCAUCUGGUAUGGCGAGUACAAGUAUCCAGAAGAACUGACGAAGGUUUUCAUGAGCUGUAAUUUGAUCACCGGAAUGUUCCAACGGCUGGACAAGAUGCGCAAGCAGGCAUUCGCUUCGGUGUGCCUCUUCGGUGAGGACAACAACAGCACAAUCUCCGGUGUUUGGGUAUGGCGUGGUCAAGAGCUGGCCUUCAAACUGUCUCCCGAUUGGCAGGUAGAUUACGAAGUGUACGACUGGAAAAAGUUGGAUCCCAGGGCAGAGGAAACCAAACAGCUGGUGGCUCAGUAUUUCUCCUGGACCGGCGCUGAUAAGGGUGGCCGCAAGUUCAAUCAGGGCAAAGUUUUCAAGUAAGCGCAUCAUCGCCACGCAUCACGAUCCGAUCGCUUAACAACUCCGAUUGGGAUUGACUCUAGUAGACAUUCUGCUUGUUCUGUACUCUCUGCGCCUUUGUCUGUGUUUCUCUCGUGAACCUCGCCUCCGUGGAACGGGUGAUGGCAGCAGUAAUUUCUCUUCCCCAAUAAACAGCAGUAAGACUAACAGCACCAUAUGAAACGUAAACAAACCCCUUUUUUGUUAAAAUAAAACUACUUAAGAUGUACCGAA